AUGCCACUACAUAUAUUCGACCCUCUUCAAGACUGCGAAAUCAGAACAACAGCCAAGCUGCUGAAAGAUUUGAAUGGCGAUGCCAAAGUCCACUUUGUUCAGGUCGACCGCUUGGACCCUCCCAAACAACAAGCAAUUGAGUACUUGAACGCGGAGAGAUACCAAAGUCCAGGAACUCAGCUUCCUUACAUUCCCAGAAGAACAUAUGCUUACUACUACUUGGACAAGAAGAUGCCUCUCUACAAGGCGUUGUGUAACGUUUCUGAAAACCGGAUUAUCGCCAACCAAGAAACCCCAGAGGGCACAAUUGGCCCUCUUUUGCCAGAGGACAUGGGCGCCGUUGAAGAAGCCGUUAUGAAGCAUCCAGUUGUGCUUGCAGAAAUCGCCAAACUGAAAAUCGACACCUUGAAGUUUAAACACUCAAGACUGGGGGAUCUUGGAUACACAGUGGUGUGUGAGCCUUGGAUGUACGGUACUGACUCUCCCCACGAUAAAAUUCCCCUAAUCCAGGCGUACAUGUACAUGAAGCUGGACCAUCCAGAGGCAAACCAUUACUCGAUCCCACUGCGUUUCUCGCCCGUUUUCGAAUACUUGUCUCACAAGUUUGUCAGAAUGGACUACUUGCCCGCAGGUGCUGACGAAAAAUACAUUUUGGAAACUUUGCCUUACCAGCAGAUGGACACCGUGGAGUACCAUCCUGACCUCAUCGAGGGCUACACCGAAAGACAAGGAUUGAAGCCCUUGAUCGUUUCACAGCCAGAAGGUGCAUCUUUUGAAGUCGAGGGCUCCAAGAUUAAAUGGCAAGGAUGGGAAUUCAGGGUGUGCACCAACGUUAGAGAAGGUGUGGCCAUUUACGAUGUUUUUUUCAAGGGUAGAUCGCUCUUCUACCGUAUUUCCAACAACGAAAUGACUGUUCCAUACAUGGAUCCUCGUGCUCCUUUCCACAGAAAACAGGCUUUUGACCUUGGUGACUGCGGGUUCGGUAACACUGCCAAUUCUUUGGCGCUAGGUUGUCAUUGUUUGGGUGUGAUCAAAUACUUGGACUUGACGAGAUCUGACCCAGACGGUAACCCUGUGUUGGUUCCAUCUACUGUUUGCAUGCACGAACAAGAUUACGGACUUUUGUACUUGCAUCAGAACUACCGUAACGGAAACACGGUUACCACCAGAAGAAGAGAAUUCGUUAUUCAAACGAUUGCCACCGUUGCGAACUACGAAUAUGUCAUGAACUAUAUCUUCGAUCAAGCCGGAGCCAUCACUGUGCAAGUGAGAGCAACCGGUAUCCUAUCGACCAUGCCAAACGACGAAGGCACUGUGACUGAUUUUGCUACAAUUGUCGGCCCUGGCGUGACGGCUGCUUUCCACCAACAUUUGUUGUCUUUCCGUUUCGACACCAGACUCGAUGGUGACAACAACACUGUGGUGUACGACGAUUACGUUCCUAUGGAGGAAAACACACCUUUGAAUGUUUACAAUAUUGGUGCGCGCCAGGAAAGAACGUAUAUGGAAAAAUCGGGCUUCAUCGAUCAGUCGCCAUUCACUAAUCGUACUUACAAAGUCAUCAACGAGAAUUCCAUCAACCCAGUCACCAGGAAACCAGUGGGCUACAAGUUUGAAAUGCCUGCGAAACAGAUGAUCAUGGCCUCGAAGAACUCUUACAAUGUCAAGAGAGCUCUCUACGCUACCAAACAAUUUUGGGUCAGCAAAUAUCACGAAAACCAGUUGUAUGCUGCUGGUGAAUUCACCAAUCAAUCCCAAGGUGACACCGGUCUCUCUAAGUGGGCCGAUGGUACUGAAAGCGUUAGAAACACCGAUACUGUUGUGUGGCCUACUUUGGCGUUGACCCACCCUCCUGUCACCGAGCAAUUCCCUGUCAUGACUUCCGAUUUCCUGCAAUUCCUUGUCACACCUGCGUCCUUCUUCACAAGGAACCCUGCUUUGGACGUUCCAUUGGCCAACAACAAGUUCAAUAAGUCUGUCUAUUACGACGAUGCUCAGAAAGCAGCCGGCUUGCCUUCUUCUAAAACGACUUCUUGCUGUUCAACCGGGAAGAGUAGCAUUUGA